AUGUUUUAGCCUUAAGUUGGAUUUAUCAUUGAAUCCUUUACUCGAUCAUUGCUUCUAACAUUUGAAUUUUGUUGCACUUUGAAAUAGGAGGGGCUAAGAAUGUUUGAGAUAACUUGAAGGUAUCACAUGUUUUGUCUGCUUCAAACAAGAAUAUGUUUUGAUUUUUCGUUUUAAUUAGUUACUAGCUCCACUUCAAGCAAUCAUGUCUUUAUGUUUUAGAUUGAUAAAUUUAAGACAGCACAGUUUAAAACAAUGGAUGACAAUCCAGAAUCAUCAUUACUCCGAUAAAGCAAAUUUGAGGAAAGUUUUGGUUGCUAAUAGAGGUGAGAUCGCCAUCAGAGUGUUUAGAGCUUUAAAUGAAUUGGGUAUUAGAUCAGUUGCCGUUUAUUCGGAACAAGAUAAGAUGCAUAUGCAUCGACAGAAAGCCGAUGAAGCUUAUCUGAUUGGGCAAGGUCUUCCACCGGUUCAAGCAUAUCUAAAUAUUCCUGAAAUUAUAAAAAUUUCUAGGGACAAUCAUGUUGAUGCCAUUCACCCUGGUUAUGGUUUCCUAUCAGAAAGGUCUGAUUUUGCUCAAGCCUGCCAAGAUGCUGGAAUCAAAUUUAUUGGACCAUCGCCCACUGUUAUGGCACAAAUGGGUGAUAAAGUUGAAGCAAGAAAAGCAGCGAUAGCUGCUGGUGUUCGAGUUGUUCCAGGAUCUGAUAAUCCAGUGACUCAAGUUGACGAAGUUGUAAAAUUUGUUAAAGAAAAUGGUUUACCAGUUAUUUUUAAAGCUGCUUAUGGUGGUGGUGGACGUGGUAUGAGGGUUGUUAAAACAAUGGAAGAAGUCGAAGAAAAUUUUAUUCGUGCCAGCUCCGAAGCUUUGGCUGCUUUUGGUAAUGGGGCCAUGUUCAUAGAGAGAUUCAUUGAGAAACCCCGACAUAUUGAAGUACAAAUUUUGGGUGACAAUUAUGGUAAUAUUGUGCAUUUAUAUGAAAGAGAUUGUUCCGUCCAAAGAAGGCAUCAAAAAAUUGUUGAGAUUGCUCCAUCACCAAAUCUCGAUCCAGUAAUUAGACAAUCAAUGCUUUCUGAUGCUUUAAAGAUUGCCCGUCAUGUUGGUUAUCAAAAUGCUGGUACAGUCGAAUUUCUGUUGGAUCAACAAGGAAAUUAUUUUUUCAUUGAAGUUAAUGCUCGUUUGCAAGUUGAACACACUGUUACUGAAGAGAUCACUGGGGUUGAUCUGGUUCAAUCUCAAAUUAGGAUUACAGAAGGUUUCAAGCUUGAUGAAUUGAACUUAAGACAAGAUGAGAUCAAAGUAAAUGGAUGUGCCAUACAAUGCAGAAUCACAACGGAGGAUCCUGCUAAAAACUUUCAACCAGAUUCAGGAAGACUUGAAGUGUUCAGAUGCGGUGAAGGUUUUGGUAUUCGUUUGGAUAGUGCUUCAGCCUAUGCAGGUGCUCUUAUUUCACCCUAUUAUGACUCUCUAUUGGUCAAAGUUAUUGCUCAUGCAAACAAUCUUAAAUCAUCUUCCAAGAAAAUGUUGAGAGCACUACGAGAAUUUCGUGUGCGUGGUGUGAAAACCAAUAUACCUUUUCUAGUUAACCUUUUGGAGCAUCCAAAAUUUGCUGCUGGAACUUGUGACACUUACUUUAUUGAUGAUAACCCACAACUGUUUGAUUUCAAACCCAGCCAGAAUCGAGCACAGAGACUACUCCAUUACCUGUCCAAUGUUAUGGUAAAUGGACCGAUGACUCCAUUUUCAACUAAUUUGAAACCUGCCAACAUCAUUCCUCACGUUCCUGAAACAAGUGUUGACAAUGAAGAUGUUAAAGGUUGGAGAAACAUUCUUAAAGAAAAGGGCCCAGAAGGAUUCGCCAAAGCUAUUAGAGAAAAUCGAAAUCUACUUUUAAUGGAUACAACUUUUAGAGAUGCUCAUCAAUCUUUGUUAGCAACCCGAGUUAGAACACAUGAUCUUCUCCGAAUAUCUCCUUUUGUUUCACAAAAAUUGAAUACACUUGCCAUUCUUGAGAACUGGGGUGGUGCGACUUUUGAUGUGAGUAUGAGAUUUCUUCAUGAAGAUCCAUGGGAAAGAUUGGUGAAAAUGAGAAAUCUUAUUCCAAACAUUCCUUUUCAAAUGUUAUUAAGAGGUGCCAAUGCUGUCGGGUAUACAUCUUACCCUGACAAUUUAGUCUUUCGUUUCUGUGAAACUGCCAAACAGUGUGGAAUGGAUAUUUUCAGAGUUUUUGACUCUCUCAACUAUUUACCUAACAUUUUCAUUGGUAUGGAAGCUGCUGGUUCAGCUGGAGGAGUUGUUGAAGGGGCUAUAUCAUACACUGGUGAUGUGUCAAAUCCUGCUAAGACUAAAUACAAUCUUGAUUAUUAUUUAAAAUUGUCUGAUGAAAUUGUCAAAGCUGGUACACAUAUACUUUGUAUCAAGGAUAUGGCUGGACUUCUUAAACCACAGGCUGCUCGCUUGUUGGUCACUGCUCUGCGAGAUCGUCACCCUGACAUACCUAUUCACAUUCACACUCAUGAUACUGCUGGUGCUGCAAUCGCUUCUAUGUUGGCUUGUGCUGAAGCAGGAGCCGAUAUUGUUGAUGUUGCUGUUGAUUCAAUGUCAGGAAUGACUUCUCAACCAAGUAUGGGUGCUUUAGUGGCAUCACUUCAAGGAACUCCUCUAGAUACCGGUUUGACUUUGAACAAUGUCAGCGAGUAUUCAGCUUACUGGGAACAAACGAGAACACUUUAUGCUCCUUUUGAAUGUGCCGUCACUAUGAAAAGUGGUAAUGCCGAUGUAUACGAGAAUGAGAUUCCUGGUGGUCAAUAUACGAAUUUACAAUUUCAAGCUUAUUCUCUUGGUUUAGAGGACCAAUUUGAAAAGGUCAAAAAAGCUUAUAAAGAAGCUAAUAUGCUUCUUGGUGAUAUCAUCAAAGUAACUCCUUCCUCAAAGGUUGUUGGAGACUUAGCACAAUUCAUGGUACAAAAUAAACUAAAUGCCAAAGAGGUUGAAGAAAAGGCUGGCGAAUUAAGUUUCCCUAGUUCAGUUGUUGAAUUUAUGCAGGGCUUCAUUGGUGAACCUUAUGGAGGUUUUCCUGAGCCUCUCCGAUCCAAGAUUCUGAAAGGUUUAAAUCCAAUCACUGGUAGACCUGGAGAACACUUGGCUCCAUUAAAUUUUGUUCAGCUUAAAGAUCAAUUGGCUGAAAAACACGGAACACCAAUCACUGAUACUGAUGUGAUCAGUUCAGCUUUAUAUCCCAAAGUUACUGAUGAUUUCAUUUCAUUUAGAAAUGAAUUCGGUCCAGUUAGUCUUCUAGAUACUAGAAUAUUUUUGGAAGGACCUCGAGUUGGAGAGGAGUUUGAGGUUGUAAUUGAAAAAGGAAAAACUUUGCAUAUUAAAACUUUAGCUGUUUCCGAGACUCUUAAUAAACAAGGUAUGCGUGAAGUGUUUUUCGAGCUCAACGGUCAAUUGCGAACAGUUCUAGUCAAGGAUAAAUCUGUUUCUGAGGAGAUUGUUACUAACCCUAAAGCUAUAAAAGGAGCCAAAGAUCAAAUUGGUGCUCCUAUGCCUGGAACUGUGAUCUCACUGAAAGUGGCUGAAGGUGAUAAAGUUGGCAAAGGGGAACCUUUACUUGUUUUAAGUGCCAUGAAAAUGGAAAUGGUCGUUCAAUCCCCGAUUGCUGGAACCGUGCGAAAAGUACUUGCUCAAAAAGAUAUGAAAUUGGAAGCAGGAGAUUUAUUAAUGGAGAUUGAUCCAGUUGAUGAAUAAAAAAAUAGACAAACAACAGCCAAUAAUCUCAGCAAACAUCAAUGUUCACACAAAUCACACCAUAUAGUCAUAUGACUGAUUCAAGAUUUUUUUGGCAUUUUACAAGAUUCAGUUAUCCUAUUAUUGGUAUGUCAAGACGUGACAAUUUUAUAAUGAUUGUAUAGCUUGUUAAAAAGUUGAAAUGUUAUGUUACCAAUAGCAUUUAUAGAGCUUAAAAUGAUCAUCACUUGUUUAAUUACUAUUACAAAGUUUCAAACAGCUAUUUAGUAAUUAUAAUCUAUGCCAUAUUUGAAUACUAAAUGCUCAGCUUAUCCGUUCAACCAUUAGUUUAAUAUUAGUAUUUUUGCUAGUUUUGAUAAAUGAGAAACUUUACUCAAACUGUGACUUUUUUGUCUAACAAGCUUCCAAUGAAAAGUCUGAACAAUCUUUAAUAAUUUUCACUUUUACAUUAAUUUUAAUAAGGAAUUGAGAAAAAAGUCAAGAUUGUUUCAUGAUCAUUAUAUUGAAUAGUUACCUUUGAAUAAGGUUGUUAGUUGAAUAUAUUUCCAAUUGUUUUGUUACAGCCUGGUCACUGUUUUAAUUACAAUUGGCUUUUACCAUUUUAUAAACUGUUUAAUCUUGUUUUUUGUUUCAUAAUAUCUUUUUUGCUUUUGACUCCUGGACAAUUUAUCUUUGUUUUUAUUUUAAGCAUUUAUUACGAUUAAAUGUAUUUUUCCCAUCACAUUGUUAUCCGAUUCAAGGCUACCAAUUCAAUUCAAUUGUAUCAACAUUGUGAUUUAAAAAGUCUUUCAUAAUUUCUUUCAUAGUAAAAGUAAGCUUUUUUACCCUCAAAUUUGCUCUUAUUAAACCUUAACCACGACAUAAUCAAUACAUUAAACAUUUGUGAUAUAAGACUGUUUCAUCCCUUUACUUUCAAUAUAAAUUGUGAUGAAAAUUAGUGAAAACAAUAUAAAAAUUUCAAUAUUUAUAUUUGAUAACAUUCAAUUUUGUUCACUUGAAAAAUGUUUCAUCUUUAAACUCGGAUAAAUCCUAUUAUACUGGUAAAUGUGACUUUAAUCACCGGAAUAACCUUAAAUAAUGUAUCUAAAUCCAAGUCUGUAACAUUGUACAUUAGCACAAAUAAACUGAACACUAACUAUCA